AUGGGAAACCGUUUUACAAAGUGUCGUAUUAAGUUGACCUUUAAAAAUUAUAGCGAGCAACAGCAAGAAGUAUUUGACAAGGCAACGAUGGCAGAAACAGACCAAGCUUCCAUGGAUGACAGCACAAAAAAUAUCACUAUACCUACUACAAAACGAGAGUUUCAUGAUGUUCAGACCUCAACUUAUUGGCUACCCAAGGAUGAUAGCGAACAGAUGAGGCUUUCUGCACAACAUUAUGCGCUUAAAGAAGUGUUCAAAACGAAUGUAUUGUCCAGCGUUAUAGAAAUGUUAGAUUUCGAUAGAGGAAUAGACAUUCUGGAUGUAGGAUGUGGUCCAGGCGCAUGGAUUAUAGAUAUGAUGGAUGACUAUCCUAACUGCAGAUACCAAGGUUGUGACAUGGUGGACGUUAUCAACAGAAAGACUAUGCCUGAGCAACUUAGGUUUUGUACGGGAAAUGUAGUUGAGGGGUUACCCUAUGCUGACAAUACAUUUGAUUUUGUGCACAUGAGGUUAUUCGUCCUUGCUUUACGAAGCGAUGAAUGGCCGAAAGCUAUCAAGGAAAUCUUACGUGUUACUAAGUCCGGAGGAAUCGUCCAGGUUCUUGAACCUAAUUUGGAUCUACCAAAAGAAACGGACAACUUAUUUUAUAAAGCAAAUAAGGCCUUGCAUAUUAUAUGUCAGCAAAGAGGGCAAAUCCCUUCUGUUGGCAGAGAGCUGGAAAGAAUGCUGAGAGAAGCUGGUAAUACUAAAAUAUUAGAAUCAGUGUAUAUUCCGACAGAUACAACCACAGGCACAAUAGCUGCCAAAAAGUUAGCCUGGAGCUGGUCAGAAGGAGCUCGAGGAGCCAUGUCGGUGCUUGGACCCGCCAUGGGAGUAACCGAUGAGGUAGAACAGCAAAAAUUUGUGAAAGACUUUCACAAGUGCAUGCUUACUAAAUGCGGAUUCUAUAACUUUAACGCAGUUGCUGCUCAAAAGCUUUGA